UUGUACAGUACGGAUUUUGUAUUAUGGUUUUACCAUUGAAAAUAAAAGUUACAAAAGUAGUAAUGAUUAUGAUCAAAUUCAUUCAGAAAAGUUGGGAAAAUUUUUAGUAGGUCGUCGAUCGAUAGAUUUGUUUCGACGGAAAAUGGGAGAUGUAGGAAAAAUAUUUUUAUUUAUUUUACUUGUAAAUACCUAAGUCCCAUGUUUAAAGUAAUUAAUCUAGUUUAAGCUGCGCACCUACCCAUUAUACAUAAAAUUCUAUGUGCCAUAUUAGUAAAAAAUGACUCUUCAGACAGUCUGUAGUAUAGUAAGAAUAAAAGAAGAAGUAAUUGACGAAGAUCUAGAAGAAAAUUCAAUACGGACCGAAGAAAAUCUCAAAUCACAUCUGAACCCUGAAAAUUAUUAUGUUACCGUUAAAGGAGAAUCAAUAGAGGAAGAAGAAAUAAAUGAAGAUACGGCUAUAAAUGUUGAGGCACCACCUAGUGAUGAAGAUUGCAAAAACAUUGAACUCAAUAUUGAAAUUCGUUUCCCUGAAAGUCAUGAUGCUGUAGUACAACCGCAAGUUGAUUCUGCAAGGAAGAGAAAAAGAAAAUCAGUUCCCAAAAAAAUUGUCCAAAGCAAGAAAGUCCCCAAAAAAGAUGCCAAAACCAAAAAUGUUCCCAAAAAAGUAGACAAAACCUACAAAGUCCCCAAAAAAGGUGCCAAAACCAAAAAAGUUUCCAAAAAAGUAGACAAAAGCAACAAAGUCCCCAAAAGUGCUGCCAAAAGCAAAAAAGUUCCCAAAAAAGUAGACAAAAGCAACAAAGUCCCUAAAAGUGUAGCCAAAAGCAAAAAAGUUCCCAAAAAAGUAGACAAAAGCAACAAAGUCCCCAAAAGAGUUGCCAAAAGCAAAAAAGUUCCCAUAAAAGUUGACCAAAGCAACGAAGUCCCCAAAAAAGUUGCCAAAAGCAAAAUAGUUCCCAAAAAUAUUGCCAAAAGCAAAUCAGUUCCUAAAAAAAAGAUCUCAACGGUGAAGGAAGAAAAACGUUUUCAGUGCGAUACAUGUGGAAAGUCAUACAAGUCGAGAGCCAAGCUGGUAAUACAUUUAAGAGUACAUACAGGAGAGAGACCAUUUGUAUGUCCAGUUUGUAACCAUGGCUUCCGAACAAAAUGGACUUUGACUGAUCACGAGUUUACACACACAGGUGCAAAACCGCAUCGUUGUGAGCAGUGUGACAAAGCUUACACAACCAAACCCCAACUCAAGAUACAUUUGAGAUGCCAUACAGGCGAACUACCGUUUGUCUGCAAAACAUGCGAAAAAGGCUUCAAAACUCAAUGGAAAAUGAAACUCCAUGAACGGUCGCACACCGGCUUAAAACUGUACAAAUGCGAUGUUUGUGAAAAAAAGUAUACUACGAGAUAUCAACUGACGAUACACAAACGUUUACACACAAAAGACAUGUUGUUCCCUUGUAAAAUCUGCAAAAAAGAGUUAACGGAGAAAUGUAAGGUUGCGUUGCAUGAACGCACACAUUUGAAUGCGAAGCCAUAUUGUUGUGAUCUUUGCGAUAAAACAUACAAAAUUAAGUCACACUUGAAGUUUCAUAUUGUCACUAAGCAUUUAGGUGGGAAAAAGAAGGCAAAACGAAAUAAAACUCAAUAGAAGAUAAAUAAUAGCAAAAUAUUUAUUUAUUAAAACUCUCAAUAUUAUUAUGCUCACUGUUUUGUUAUUUAAUGUGUCCAGAAUCUUGAAAACUCUAGUCAAUGUUUUGUA